AACAGUUUUAAUGGGCUUGGAGUUUUGGAUCCCAACCUGGGACUUUUGGAUGUGUAAACAUUGGUGGGUCGUGAAUGAACCGAGCCCAAUUAAACCUCCUACUUUUUGCCGCUACCGUCGCCCUACCGCAACACAAUGCGAGCGUUUCCCUCUCGCAAUUCACUCCUUACCACGCACUACAAGAAAAGAAAAAUCCUGCCACCUCAUGCAAACCACCCUUCUCUCUCCCCCCUUCGUCCCCUCCGAGUUGUUCACGAAUCUAAGAGAUUAGAAACAAAAAAAAAAAAGAAAAAAAAGAAAGAAAAAAAAGAUUACCUCUGAUUCGACUGAGUUCGCCCGCAAAUCAAUGAUUAUAUAGGAGGAGGAGAAGGAAGGGAGAAGGGCGUAGAGGAGGAUCACACAAUGUCGUCGUCUCCGAAGAAGCCGCCGAUCAAGUUCGCGCGGCGGACGUCGAGCGGGCGGAUCGUGAGCCUGUCGCGCGACGACGAGAUCGACCUCGGCCUCGCCGCCUCCGAGCUGACGUCCACCUCCUCCGGCGGCGGCAACGACUACGUCAACUACACCGUCCUCAUGCCGCCGACCCCCGACAACCAGCCCUACACCGGUGCAACCUCCUCCUCCUCCUCCUCCUCCUCCGCCGCCGCUUCUUCCUCCAAGCCCAACGACAUCCCCCUACCACCCUACGGGCCCAACGGUGCGAAGCUGACGGGGCGGAGAGGCGGCGGGAGGGACGAGGGGGGAGUCGGCGGGCCGUCGUCGUCGAAGCUGGACCGGAGGAUGUCGACGGUCAUGCAUGCGAACAAGUCGCUGCUGCUGCGGAGCCAGACCGGGGAUUUCGAUCACAACCGGUGGCUGUUCGAGACGAAGGGUACGUACGGUAUCGGGAACGCGUACUGGCCGCAGGACGGCGGCGGGGGCUACGACGACGAGGACGGCGUGGGGAUGAGCAUGUCGGAUUUCAUGGACAAGCCAUGGAAGCCCCUCACCAGGAAGGUGAAGAUCCCUGCUGGAGUAUUAAGUCCCUAUAGGCUGCUAGUUUUGGUCCGGCUGGUGGCGCUGAGCCUGUUCUUGACAUGGCGCAUCCGGAAUCCGAACCAGGACGCGAUGUGGCUGUGGGGGAUAUCGAUCGUGUGCGAGAUCUGGUUCGCCUUCUCCUGGCUUCUGGACCAACUUCCCAAGCUGAACCCCAUCAACCGUGCCGCCGAUCUCGCCGCCCUCCGUGACAAAUUCGAAUCGCCCUCCCCUUCCAACCCCCACGGCCGCUCCGACCUCCCCGGCCUCGAUGUCUUCAUUUCCACCGCCGACCCCGAGAAGGAACCCCCUCUUGUUACGGCCAACACUUUACUCUCCAUUCUCGCCACCGAGUACCCCGUCGAGAAGCUAUCUAUUUACAUCUCCGACGAUGGGGCCGCCCUUCUCACAUUCGAGGCAAUGGCCGAGGCCGCUUCCUUUGCCCAGGUGUGGGUUCCGUUCUGCCGGAAACACUCGAUCGAGCCCCGGAACCCGGAUUCGUACUUCGCGGUGCAGGGCGACCCGACGAAGAACAAGAAGCGGCCGGACUUCGUGAAGGACCGGCGGUGGAUCAAGCGGGAGUACGAUGAGUUCAAGGUCCGCAUCAACGGCCUCCCCGACGCUAUCCGCCGCCGCUCCGACGGCCUCAACUCCCGCGAGGAGCUCCAUGAGAAGAAGCUCGCCCGUGACCGCGGCGAGCCCCUCGACCCCGCCAAGCUGCCCCCUAAGGCCGUAUGGAUGGCCGACUCCACCCACUGGCCCGGCACCUGGGCCCCCCCCUCCCCUGACCACUCCAAGGGCGACCACGCCGGCAUCCUACAGGUUAUGAUCAAGACCCCGCAUUUUGAGCCCAUCCCCGGUGCCCCCGGUGACCACCCGUACAUAGACUUCACCGGCGUCGACACCCGCCUUCCGAUGUUCGUCUACGUCUCCCGCGAGAAGCGCCCAGGCUACGACCACAACAAGAAGGCCGGCGCCAUGAACGCGCUGGUCCGCGCCUCCGCCAUCCUCUCCAACGGCCCCUUCAUCCUCAACUUUGACUGCGACCACUACAUUUACAACUCGCUGGCCAUAAGAGAAGGCAUGUGCUACAUGAUGGACCGCGGCGGCGACCGCAUCUGCUACAUUCAGUUCCCGCAGCGGUUCGAGGGGAUCGACCCCUCCGACCGCUACGCAAACCACAACACGGUGUUCUUCGACGGCAACAUGCGCGCGCUCGACGGGCUGCAGGGGCCCAUGUACGUCGGCACCGGGUGUUUGUUCCGGCGGUACGCGCUCUACGGCUUCAACCCGCCGCGGGCGAACGAGUACCUGGGGCUCUACGGGCAGCACAAGAGGCCCGCCGUGGCGCCGGGGGCAGUCAGGGGAGGCGACGAGGAGGGGGAGGGAGGGGGGCAGCCGCUAGCGGAGCAUCCGGAUCUGGACGGACCGAACAAGUUCGGGAACUCCAAGAUGUUCGUCGAGUCGAUCGCGGUGGCCGAGUACCAGGGGCGGCCGCUGGCCGAUCACCCUUCGGUGAAGAACGGGCGGCCCCCCGGGGCGUUGCUGGCGCCGCGGCCGCCCCUCGAUGCCCCCACCGUCGCGGAGGCCGUCUCCGUCAUCUCGUGCUGGUACGAGGACAAGACGGAGUGGGGGGACAGGGUAGGGUGGAUCUACGGGUCGGUGACGGAGGACGUGGUGACGGGGUACCGCAUGCACAACCGGGGGUGGCGGUCGGUGUACUGCAUCACGCGGCGCGACGCGUUCCGGGGGACGGCGCCGAUCAACCUGACGGACCGGCUGCACCAGGUGCUGCGGUGGGCGACGGGGUCGGUGGAGAUCUUCUUCUCGAAGAACAACGCGCUGCUGGCGUCGCCCCGGCUCAAGUUCCUCCAGCGCGUGGCCUACCUGAACGUGGGCAUCUACCCCUUCACCUCCAUCUUCCUCGUCGCCUACUGCCUCCUCCCGGCGCUCUCCCUCUUCUCCGGCCACUUCAUCGUCCAAACCCUCGACGUCACCUUCCUCGUCUACCUCCUCCUCAUCACCAUCACGCUCAUGCUGCUCUCCCUCCUCGAGGUCAAGUGGUCCGGCAUCGCCCUCGAGGAGUGGUGGCGCAACGAGCAGUUCUGGGUCAUCGGCGGCACCAGCGCCCACCUCGCCGCCGUCCUCCAGGGCCUCCUCAAGGUCGUCGCCGGCAUCGAGAUCUCCUUCACCCUCACCUCCAAGUCCGCCUCCGAGGACGAGGACGACAUCUACGCCGACCUCUACGUCAUCAAGUGGACCAGCCUCUUCAUCCCCCCGCUCGCCAUCAUCGUCAUCAACCUCGUCGCCAUUGUUUUAGGCUUCUCCCGCACCGUCUACAGCGAGAUCCCGCAGUGGAGCAAGCUGCUCGGAGGGGUCUUCUUCAGCUUUUGGGUCUUGGCCCAUAUGUACCCCUUUGCCAAGGGCCUCAUGGGCCGGAGAGGCCGCACGCCCACCAUCGUCUAUGUUUGGGCCGGGCUCCUCGCCAUCACCGUCUCGCUGCUGUGGAUCUCCGUUAGCCCCCCGGAUGACGGACUUAGCCAGGGAGUUCAAAUUUGAACGCCCAAAUAAUAACUCGAACAAAGAAAAGGCAAAAAAAAAAAAAAAAAAAAAAAAAAAUCCCAAAGAGCUGUUGAUUAAUUAACGUGUAAAAUUACUUGAAAGUAACUAAUCAGAAAGAAAGAAAGAAAAAAAAAAAAAAAAAAAAAAAGAGAAUUGCAUUUUCAGUGUGCAACUACUGCAUAAGAGAAAGAGAGCAAGUCAAUUAGACAGACAGGUAACUUUUGUACUGAUACAAUAUUUAGCUGUUUGAUCUAUUUAAUUUUUGUUCAGUAAAUGACCUACGUAAUUUUGCAGA